AGCUCCUCUCAUCCUACUCCCCCCUCCCUCUCUCUCCUUCUGUCCACAGUUCGUCCACACCGGCAUCAAUGGGGGAGAACAACAACCACGGCGUGAGCACGUCGACCGUGCCGGCGGCGCGGCCCAAGAUAAGGAUCAUCCACAUCAUCGCGCCGGAGAUCAUCAAGACCGACGUCGCCAACUUCCGGGACCUCGUGCAGCGGCUCACCGGCAAGCCCGCGUGUGCCAGCACGGCGGCGGCGCACAUGGCGACGACAGCACCGCCGGUACGGAAGGAGGAGGAGGAGAAGAAGGAGGCGACCAGGAAGAGACUGGCGCCGGCCUCGGCGGCGGCAACGUCGGAGAGGAGCGAUUUCGCGGCGCAGCAGGAGCCCGGCAAGAAGAGGAAGAUCAAGUGCGAGGUGAAGGUGGAGGAAGGUGGCUUCGGCGACUACUACGACCUUGAUCGCAGCGACCUGUGGAUGGAUCUCAACCCGGGAGGCUUCCUGAGCUUCCUGGAGGAGGAGGCCGACGUCUUCCAAGGCCUGGCUGGCGCUGAUGACUUCCUGCUGCCCCUCGGCUCGUCGCGGCUGGAUUUGGUUGGUGAAAUGUACGCGUCUUGAUUCGUAUAUAGGUCUGGCGAGCUUUGAAAUCUUGCGUAUUUGUUCCCUUUUUGUGCCGUGAGGAUUUUGCACGCUUUGAUCGAGAAUUCGACCGGUACGGUUGAAUUAUUUUGUGUUUCUUUUUGUUUAGAUGAACACGUUAGUGUUGAAAGUUCUUGCACCCCGAUGAUGUAUAGAGGAUUGGUCAUUUGCGUGCUCACAUUUCUGAUAGUGAACGAAAGCAGAUGUAAGCACCCAAAUGACCAAUGUAAUUAAGUGAAUGAAAUCAGAACAGUGAUGCCAAUAAUGAUGUGUAUGUAAGGGGCACUGAUCAAUGGGUGAAAUCAUAAAAGGAAAGGAUUGAUCAGUUUGGGGGGUCUUCAA